AGAAAAUGAGUAGUAAAUAGGAUAGGGAAGUGAGAAGUCAACGUCUCUCCCAGAUCUGUGGAAGGUGAAGCAAUGGGGGUUCUUCUGAAGCUCUUCGAUUCAGUUCUAUUUGUGUUCUUAUUUGUACAUGCCAUGGCGCCGCCGCUCAUCGGCGCCCAGUUAUUGCUCCCCGGAGCCCUUUUCCCCGAUGUUCUUGUUGAUUUCAAGGAGCUGUACGUUCGACUGUCGGGAGACUAUCUGAUGGCCGAGGCGCCUCCCUUUUUCGUCGGCCUGCUUUGGCUGGAGCUUCUCCUUCAAUGGCCGCUCACGGUUUUCAACCUCUACGCCAUCUGGGCUGCAAAGUCAUGGCUGCACACCACCUGUUUGAUCUAUGGCGUCUCCCUUUUCUCUGCUAUGGUUGCUAUAGCAGCUGAAUUGAUAGGGUCACAGAGGGCAUCUGGACUGCUGUUGAAACUGUAUCUCCCUUUCUUGGGUUUGGGAGUUUUGGCCACGCUACGUGGGCUGCUGCCGCGUUGCAGCAAGGCUACGCCCACCGGCCACGACGUUGGACCAUCAAUUGCCGGGAAAAAGAAGGUUUGAA